CAUUAAAACCAAAUUUAAUCCAAAUUCUAAGUAUUUUAUAAAACUAAAUGUUAAUUAAAAAAUGGGUGAUGAAUUUAAAACGUAUGAUAAAAACAUCGAUCCGAAAAUUAAGGAAUAUCUGCAAUGGGAGAAAAACGAGGAAUAUUUGGAAUUGGUAAAAUCGUUGGUGCACAAAAAAGAACUAAUUACUCUCAGAAAAAUGUUAGUGAAUCGAGCAGAACUGUUAGGAGGGGCAGUUAAAGGAGAGAUGGUGGCGGGAUUUAACGCGAUAAAUGAAUUGGUUGUUAUACAAAUUGGACAAGGAUUUAUUAAGUAUUUGGAAACCGUUGAAGAAAAAAGGCAAAGAGAUGCGGAAGAGGAGGAGGAAGUGGAAAUUGUGGAAGAAGAGGUACCAGAGGUGGUCUGGGAAGAGAAUGAUGAAGGAGAUGUAGAAGAAGAAGAAAUGGAGAUGGUGAUAGAUGAAAAGAAUUAUUUAAAAAAAUACGGUAUUGUGAUUGGUUAUGAUGCCCGAGUUAAUAGUAAAAGAUUCGCAGAAAUCAUUGCAACGAUUUUUCUCAGCCAAAAUUAUGCGGUGAAAUUGUUCAGUAAAGAAGUCAUAACUCCUUUUGUGUCUUAUGCUAUUACUACACUUGGUUGUGUUGGGGGUGUUAUGGUUUCAGGAGGGGCUUGUCCAAAAACUUAUAAUGGAAUUAAGCUUUUCACUUCAAAUGGUUGCCAAGUAAUCCCAUCAGCAGAUUUAAAAAUAGAAAAUCAUAUUUCAGAAAAUUUAGAACCAAUGGAGCAUUGUUGGGAGAGCGAUAUUUUGCAAUUGGCUCCAAUGUUAACGGAUCCUUAUACUGACGUACUCGAUGCUUAUCUCCAAUUAGUAUGUACUACUGUAAUAGAAGAAUAUUUAGCCAUAGCUUCAAAGUCUCCCAUUCAAUUUGUAUACACCGCACUUCAUGGAGUUGCUUAUGAUGUAUUUAAACAAGUCGUUUCAGUACUUUCUUUGAAAAUAGUACCAGUUCCUAAACAGAUUGCACCAAAUCCAAAAUUUCCAAGUGUUAGAAGUCCUAAUCCGGAAGAUGCUAAAGCUUUGAACGCAGCAAAAAGUUUAGCUGUUUCUAAAAAGAUUAAGUACGUUAUUGGUACGGAUCCUGAUGGAUGUAGAAUGAUUUUCUCUCAACUGGGAAAAGAUAAUAUAACAUGGAGAACUUUUGACGGCAACGAAUUAGGAGCUUUAUUUGGCUGGUGGGUUCUAGAUCAGUAUAAAAAGAAACAUCCUACAGAAGGAGAAGACGAAGUUAUUGAUUUAUCAAAUGUUUAUAUGAUAGGAAGUUCAGUUAGUUCGAAGAUAUUAAGAACUAUGGCACGAACAGAAAAAUUUAAUUUUGUUGAAACUCUUCCAGGAUUUAGAUGGAUAGCAAAUAAAGCUUAUGACUUAAAACAAGAAGGAAAAGAAGUAAUUUUAGGGUUUGAAGACACUUACGGUUACAUGUUUACCGAUCAACUUUACGAUAAAGACGGAAUUAUAGCGAGCGUUCAAGUAAUGACGAUGGUCGCCGUUUUAAAUGCGCAAAAACAAACCCUCGAAGAUAAACUUAACGAAAUCUACGCGCAAUAUGGAUUUCAUAUCAAUUAUGGUUCAUAUUUCAACGCCGUAAGUUACGAUGGUAUCGCACAAAUUUUUGAAGAGAUUCGUCAUUAUCACGGCGACGAACCGGAAAAACCACAAGAGAAGUGCCACUGCAUCCCAGAAGCUUACAAAGAUCCAUUGAAGAAAGAGGAAGGGUGUUGUUGCAACCCAUUUCCCCCGCCAGAUAAAAAAAUUUACCCAAGAACGAUUGGAAAAGGAAAAUUUGAUAUAACUCACGUUCGAGAUAUAACAAUUGGUUUCGAUAAUAAUGAACCUAACAGAAAGUCGGUUCUUCCACGUCAACCGAAUAUGCAAAUGAUUACCUUUGAGUUUAGUAAUGGCAUUGAAAUUACGAUUAGAACAAAUCCUAAGGAAGCCAAGUUAAGAUUUUGCGCUGAGAUUAUUACAAAAGAGGAGGAUUUGGGUUUGUUGAAUGGUACGAAAUUAGUUAAAGAAGUUAUGCAUAGAAUUAUUAAUGAUUUUUUAAAACCGACAAAAAAUUGUUUAUCAUUACCUCGAAGUUGAAUACAAAAAAAA